AUGUUGAAGGAAGCAGAGCUGCUUUAUCGUGUGGGUUACGAUGUUUUCAACACCCGAGUGGUAGACCCACAACUUGGACUCUGGGCGUACGGUUACACGAAUUAUCCCAAAGAUGUGAAUGACGCUUUGAAAAACAUGAGUAAAAGUGAUAAAGAGUUUGCCGAAUUGCUACUGAGAAUGGAAUACGCUGAAAUAUCUGAUUUCAUCACAACCCAAAAAGCUAUAGAGGCUAUUAAUGCAAUGAAUGAAAAGCAGCUAAACUGUUUGGUAUUCUUCACUGCGCAAGUUAAUACGAAGGAACUCCCAAAAAUAAAUCCUAAGAAUGAGGCGAUCAAGACGAUCGUGGCAGUUGGCCUUAACGGUACGGAUCCGAUUGACCUUGUUCCAGCGGGUGCUAAAGCGGUGUCUGUACCUUAUCACUACCUUGACGAAGACGUGACUAAAAUAGUUAGAGCUAUUGUAGACGAUAAACCAUGGACAACAAGGGGUCCUACCACAACGGGGACAACAAGGGGUCCCACCACAACGAGGACAACAAGGAAGAUUACGACGACAAAGCCAAAACCGCCCGAAGGUUUGAAAUGUUUAGUAGUUGGCGACUUAUACAACUUUGCAAAGGAUGAAGAGAAAUAUAUCGAUGUGAGCUUACUGAUUUAA